AGUUCAGUUUUAAUUUUGACAUCGGCGAGUUGCAAUUGCCUGAAGAACCAGUUGCCCAACAAAGUUAACUUUUAAGAAGAAAAUAAAAAUAAAAAAUAGCUACUCCUACUUCAACUCGGGAAGAAUUUUUCUUGUUGACACGAGUGAGGAUCUGAAACAUCUAAUUUAUUUUGCUGCUCAAACUAUUUUAAUUUUCCGGGGAAAUUAGAAGUUUCAAUAGUUUUGAACGCAAAAAAAACUUUCAUCCUCUAAGCUAUUUUGAACUAUAUCUUGUUUCUUAGUGUAAAAGGAUUAACUUUUGUGAAGCUUUAAGCGCAACAACGAUCAUCGUCUGGCAACAUAACUGUGUGUGAAAAUUAAAACAUUUCUUUCUGUCUUGCCCAUCCCAAUCGUUUAUUAUUGAAAAAAGUAAAUCUAACGAAAAGGAUUUUAGAAAGAAAGUGAUUAGAAAGUUACAUUCUUCGAAGUGACAUUAAACGAAGGAUUUUCCGAUUUCGAAACAAAACAAAAAAGAUAAAAAACAAGUUUGACCCCAGAGUCAUUAACCGACCCCAACUGAUUUUCAGUUGGUGAGAUCAUGAAGAUAAUCAUCCAUCAUUAGAAGGAAAUUUAAAAAAAAUAUUACGAGAACUCAAUUUAAAUCCAAAAUUUGAACACAAUAAUCGCCAAAUAAUUAAUUGAAGUAGUGGAACAGUGAGAAAAUAUAAUCAUGGUGGUUACACCAGCCGCGAAUGGCAAUUUUGCCCCCUACUUUAAACAAAAGCCGCAACUGCAACAAGCUGAUGACGGCAAUAAGUUGAUUUUUGAAUGUUCAUUGUCCGGAAAUCCGCAACCAUCAAUAGAAUGGUGGCGUGGUGAGGAACAACUCAAUGAAUCUGACGGUCGCACUUUCUUUAAGAUUGCGCCAAAUAGUGAAGCAGAUUCAUAUCAUGUCUCAUUGACUCUCGACGACGUCGUUGAAACCGAUGCCGGAUUGUAUCGCGUAGUAGCAAAAAAUAAUUCUGGCGAAGUUGCUGCUUCAAUCAAUUUGAAUUUCAGCCACAAAAUUAUUUAUUUAAGAACUUUUCUUAUUUGUAAUCUUUUAGCUGCUGACGAUCCUAAAGAAAAGUAA